CUUUUUUUUAUUACAUACACAAUGUCUUCUCCCGAAGUAAAUAAGGGAACAUAUGAAGGUGUCAAAACCGUCGAAUUGUAUAAGCGUGUAUGGUCCAAAUUCGAUAAAUAUGCCAUUUUCUGUGGUCUUUUACUUUUAUCAUGGGCAAUGUCCUUUGAAGGAAACAUGGUGUUGUCUCUUACACAGAAUGUCACAAAUACCUUCGGUACCAACAAUUUAAUCAGUCUUUUGCCAACUGUCUUGUAUAUCCUUCAAACCGCACUUUUACCCAUGUACUCCAAGCUUUCCGAUAUGUACGGUAGAGCUCAAUGCUACUCUGUUGCUUUGACCUUUUACAUUGUUGCUUAUAUUGUCAUGGCUACUGCUCCCGACUAUUUCACCAUCAUUGGCGGUCAAGUAAUUUAUGCUUUUGGUUACUCUGGUACUUCCAUUCUUGGACCAAUCACCAUCGGUGAUUUAACCAAUGUCGUUGAUCGUGGUUUUGUUCAAGGUCUUUAUAACGUACCCUCCUUGAUCAAUAUCUUUGUCGCACCUCGUGCUGGCGAUGCGCUUUCCUUAGCAGGUAAAUGGCGUUGGGGCUACGGUAUUGUGACCAUCAUUAUCUUUGCCACGGCUGUUCCUCUUGUCGGCACACUUUGGAAGUUGUACUUCAAAGUCAGACACUCUGGCUUAUUGACUGAAUUUAAACAAGAGCAAGCUGCCACACGUAAAGCCGAGAAUCUUUCCUUCUUUCAAAAGUUGGUUUGGUUUGUUGUCGAAAUCGAUAUUAUCGGUAGCCUUUUGUUAGUGCUUGGUUUAGCUCUUAUCUUGCUUCCUCUUGUACUUGCACUUCCCUCUUGGGGUGGAUGGAAGAGUGGUACUACUAUUGGUACUUUGGUCGGUGGUGUUGUCUCUUGGGGUUUAUUUGUUCUUUGGGAAUGGAAAUUUGCUCUCAAGCCUAUUAUUCCCAUCACACGUUGGGAAAGUCGUACUCCUCUUUAUGGUGUUCUUGCUCUUUCAACCGUAACCAUUAUCUCGGCUACCAACUGGCAAUUCUUUACUACUUACCUCAUGCUGUCUCGUAAGCUUACAGCCAGUGAUGCCAUGUUGCUUGGUCGUGGUUAUAACGUUGCUUAUAUUGUCUGUGAAGUCUUUGUUGGAUACAUGAUGAAGCGUACUCGUGUGUGGCGUCCUUAUGUCUGGGUAGGUGUCUCACUCAUGAUUCUUGGUGUUGGUUUGAUGAUUCCUGCUCGUAUGCCUACUUCCUCUGAUGCCUUUGUCGUAAUUUCACAAUUGAUUGCUGGUAUGGGAUCCGGAUUCUUAUACACGCCUAUUCUCGUUGCUAUCCAAAGUUCAGUUCCUCAUGAUGAUAUGGCUAUUGCUACUGCCAUGAUGCAAGUGGGUGGUUCUAUUGCAGCCAGUAUUGGUUCUACAAUGGCUGGUACCAUUUGGAACAAUAUGCUCCCCGGCCAAAUUGCUAAAUUCGUUCCUGGAGAAUAUGAGUAUGCAAAGAUUGUGGGUAGUACAGUGUAUGCUACCAAUCUCCCUGUCGAGCAAUACAAUGGUGUUGUGGAAGCCUAUGGUCAUAUCCAAAUGAUUUUGUCUAUUAUCGCUAUUUGUAUUGCGGUACUGACAUUCUGUUUCACGAUUCCCAUGAAGUCCUUUGGUCUUGAAGAUCAUGUUGUUGAUAAGGAGGCUGAAGAAGCCACUGCUGCAUCUGACCAUACCGAUUUCGAAAAGGCGGAUUAUCAUAACGAGCUCACGCCCACCAAUGAAAAGAUUUAAAAUCAACCAACAACUCAUCCCAAUACAUCAUUAUUUAUCAUACAUAUUAAUACCUAAUUUCUAAAGAAAAAAAAAAAGAGAAAACACACACAAAAAAAGUCACUUAGAAGACAUUUUUUUUAUUAUUAUUUACAAACAAUUGCAUUACCCUUUCUUCACACAAUAAACUUUAAUUCAACUUUCCCCUUUAAAAA